GGGGUCAGUGUAAAACGGCCUUCUGUCCGUAACGUAUCGAACGUCGUUCCAUCGAGCGACGCCGAUUUUUCGCAGUGUCACUCCGGUUUCGUUUACAAACACCGUUUCGGGACCAGGAGAGGUUGUCUGGGUUGCGCGACAGUGUCGAAACGUUAGGGGGUCAUUGUUGAUACGUGUCGAACCCGCACCAAUCUGGGAUAAAAUACAAGGCUGCUGUGCUCGUUAAUGGCUGCCAGGGUCGUCGGCUAGAGGCCGUUUAAAGAAGUUUCGAGCUGCCAGCGCGCCAACACAGCCUGUACCCGAUGAGUGUUAGAUCGGUGGCCGGUCACAUGGUGAAGCAGAGGAGGUUUAUCGGCAACACGAACAACAAGAUGAUCAACAUACGAGAAUAUUUAUAGGCAUUUUUAGGUGGAAUCAUCAACUCGUGUUGAAAAGAGAGAUUGUUUCGAUCUGCAUGUCGAGGAAGGUGUGCAGAGCCUGGACGUAACCGGUCACGUUUCGAGAACCGACCGAUUGUAAAACGUGUACUGCCAGGUAUAUCCGGAGUGAAUGUAAAAUAAACGAUCUAUCACGGUAGAUAUUUCAGAGGACGACAGGAGCGGCGCGUUGCUACGCGUUCCUCUAGCUAUGGUCAGCCUGACACGACCUGAUUUCCUGUUUUACGUAACUCGCAAGAGAUGUUUGAUUUUCACGCGCAGAUUCAUCGAAUCUAGAAAGCUUGUGGUAAAAGCGUGUUAAAGCAGUGGAAACCGAUACCGAUUUUCGAAAAAUAGAAGACGAGGUUGAACAAAAGAAACAUGAAACACGCACAUCGAACGAUUCAAAGUUGAUCUAGUAUCGGUUCAUGUAUCAGGAGUGAAAUCGUGCUUUGUUACACAGGUUUUUUAGGUAUAAAAGAAUAAAAAGGACGAACAAAAGAAUUAGUGAUAUAAUUUCUUCCAUUGAAGGGAUAAAAAGUAUAAUUAAAGAAAGAAAUUUCCAGAUAAAUACUCAAAGAGAUUUGAUAAUUUAUUUGUAUACUCGAGCGCCGUAAUAGGCAGACAUUCUUCGAAAAUGGUAACUUCAGUAAUUCGUACUCGUGCGGGGACGUUGGGUCUAGAAUCGUUGCCGAUCCAAAUCGCGUGUGAACCACCAACGAAGACUGUUUGGUGCGGUGCCGUGCGGUUCUAUCACCUUCGGGACAUCUUCGAGACAACUCUCGUUCAUCUCGUGGUGUAUCAACUCUCGAAUCACGCCGGUUCAAGAGGUUUGUGCACGAGCGUUCGUGAACACGCGUGCACUGUCAAGCCACGUAGUGAAGCCUAGUGAAGUUGCGAGGGACACUUAUGAAGGGCUCCGUCAACGCACCGAGGCCCAUCGUUGAUCAGAACAGAUACAUUUGGGAUAACGAUUGGAAGCAGUAGUUUGACCAAGAGUUGUUAAUUAAGAAUGCGCGAUGACACGGCGAAUUUAUCAGUGGACAGCAAACAACCCGCGCGACAAAGCGCAGGGUAUGGAAAUGGAACCCCAAAAAACAAACUCUCACCGCCAGGAAAAAAUAUUCUUGAAGUACACGCUCCAAGACGCGGAGAAGGAUAAAGAGGAGACUGAGUAUAUGCUACAAGAGAAUGGCAAACCGAUUGAAUUCGUGCCACCGCAAACGAAGGAGGACGAUAAACCGGCCCCGACCGAGCCAUCCUUACCGCCUGUGCCUUAUUUCAAGCUCUUUCGAUUUGCAACAUGCGGGGAGCUGAUGUUGGUCGUCGGUGGCCUGAUCAUGGGAACAUUGACAGGCCUUUGCAUCCCGAUCUCGACCAUUCAAUACGGAGAAUUCACCACGUUGCUGGUGGAUCGUAACAUGGAGAACCAAACGAGUACGCCGACACUCAUUCUGAAGUGGUUCGGAGGUGGAAAGGUCUUGGGACCUAACGUGUCGUACGAAGACAGGAUGAUCGCGCUUUACGAUGACUCGGUGGCCUUUGGCGUAUCUUCUGCAGCGCUGUCUUGCUUCCAAUUCGUCUUCGCCGUAUUCACGGUCGACUUGUUAAACAUCGCAGCUUCCAGACAAAUCGUCAGAGUGCGCAAAAUGUUCCUGCGAUCCGUUCUCAGGCAAGACAUGACAUGGUACGACAUCAACACGUCGACCAACUUCGCCAGCAGGAUCACAGAGGACUUGGACAAAAUGAAGGACGGUAUCGGCGAGAAGCUCGGCGUGUUCACCUACUUGAUGGUCUCCUUCAUCUCCUCGAUCAUCAUAUCGUUCGUCUACGGCUGGAAACUAACGCUCGUGGUGUUAAGUUGUGCGCCGAUCAUCGUGAUUGCCACUGCAGUGGUGGCGAAAGUUCAAUCUUCGUUGACGGCACAAGAGUUGUCCGCGUACGGCCAAGCUGGAAGCGUAGCCGAAGAGGUGUUGGGCGCCAUUAGGACAGUGAUUGCGUUCAAUGGCGAGCAGAAAGAAGUGGACAGAUACGCCGAAAAGCUUGUCCCAGCCGAGAAGACCGGAAUAAGACGUGGAAUGUGGUCCGGAGUCGGUGGAGGCGUGAUGUGGUUCAUUAUAUACAUCAGCUACGCUAUAGCCUUUUGGUACGGUGUCCAGCUGAUUCUGGAAGACAGACCAAAGGAGGUGAAAGAAUACACACCAGCAGUAUUGGUGAUAGUGUUUUUCGGUGUGCUGGCUGGUGCUCAGAACAUGGGUCUAACAUCGCCGCAUCUCGAAGCGUUCGCCGUAGCUAGGGGUUCGGCAGCAGCUAUCUUCCAAGUGCUCGAUCACGUGCCAGCGAUCGACAGUUUGAGUAAAGAAGGCCAGAGACUUCCAUCCGUCACCGGAGAGAUCGAGUUCAAGAACGUGCAUUUCCAGUAUCCUGCUAGAAAGGACGUGAAGGUGCUCCAAGGCUUAAAUCUGAAGAUCAAUCGCGGAGAGACCGUAGCCCUCGUCGGCGGAUCGGGUUGCGGAAAGUCGACCUGUCUGCAGCUCAUUCAACGUCUCUACGAUCCGCUUAAAGGACAGGUUUUAUUGGACGGUGUGGACGUAUCGAAGCUAAACGUUCAGUGGCUGCGCUCUUACAUAGGCGUGGUCGGGCAAGAGCCAGUGCUCUUUGACACAACGAUACGGGAGAACAUCCGGUACGGAAAUGACAGCAUUACCGAGGAGGAGAUGAUCAAAGCCUCGAAGGAAGCGAACGCUCAUGACUUCAUCAGCAAACUGCCCGAGGCUUACGACAGUCCCGUGGGAGAGAGAGGGUCGCAAUUGUCCGGUGGACAAAAACAGAGAAUCGCGAUUGCUCGAGCCCUAGUGAGAAGACCGGCUAUACUUCUGUUGGACGAGGCCACCUCCGCUUUGGAUCUCCACAGCGAGGCAACGGUACAAAGGGCUCUGGACGCUGCCGCAAAGGGCAGAACUACCAUCGUAGUCACCCACAGAUUGUCGACUAUCACCAACGCCGACAGGAUAGUAUUCAUCAAGGAUGGACAGGUCGUCGAACAGGGUACCCACGAAGAGUUACUCGCGUUGAAGCAACAUUAUUACGGCUUGGUCUCUGCUGACGCCAGCGCGACUGCCAGAGCCAAAGCAACGGCAUCAGCGGCAAAGACAGUCACGGCAGCCAUCCCGAAACAACAAAAGCCACCACUGAAGAGACAAUUCUCCACUCUGUCGAUGCACUCUCACCGUCUAUCUCUGGCGGGCGCAUCUGAAAGCUCGGCGAAUCAGUUGGAGGAGAACGAGAAACCGUACAACGCACCAAUGAUGAGGAUAUUUGGACUCAACAAACCGGAAUGGCCUUUCAACAUUGUCGGAUGUCUGGCAGCAGCCAUGGUGGGCGCCUCUUUCCCAGCAUUCGCGGUACUGUUCGGAGAAGUCUACUACGUGUUGGGUCUCCAAGACGCCGACGAAGUGCGCCGCGAGACGGUCAACUUCUCGAUUCUGUUCCUGGUGGUCGGUAUAGUGACCGGUGUGGGCACCUUCCUGCAGAUGUACAUGUUCGGUUUGGCCGGAGUGCGUAUGACCACGAGGAUCAGGAGGAUGACGUUUGCUGCGAUGUUGAAGCAAGAAAUGGGCUGGUACGACGAGGACACGAACAGCGUGGGUGCACUUUGCGCCAGGUUGUCAUCGGACGCUGGAGCGGUCCAGGGUGCCACAGGUACCCGAAUUGGAGCGAUCUUGCAGGCUCUGUCGACGUUGGUCCUCGGUAUCGGUCUGUCCAUGUAUUAUACCUGGAAGAUGACGCUGGUGUCCGUCGUCUCGAUACCGUUGGUGCUGGGUGCGGUGUUCUUCGAGGCCAGAGUGAUGAGUGGUCAAGGCUUGCAGGAGAAGAAGAAGAUGGAGGCGGCUACUAGGAUCGCUAUCGAGGCUAUUUCGAACAUACGGACGGUGGCCAGUCUGGGUAAAGAGGAAGCCUUCUUGCAACGCUACUGCGUGGAACUGGAUCACGUUGCGCAAGCGACCAGAAUCAGAAACAGGUUGAGAGGAUUGGUGUUCUCGUGCGGACAGACCACACCGUUCUUCGGCUACGCUUUGAGCCUUUAUUACGGAGGUGCACUGGUGGCUACGGAAGGAUUAAGCUAUCAAGACGUGAUCAAGGUGUCCGAGGCGCUGAUCUUUGGCUCCUGGAUGUUGGGGCAAGCCCUCGCCUUUGCGCCCAACUUCAACACCGCGAAGAUUUCAGCUGGAAGGAUAUUCAAACUGCUGGACAGAGUUCCGGAACUUACUUCGCCGCCGGGGUCGGAAGAUAAAGAUCUGGAUUGGAAAGCGGAGGGUCUGAUACAGUACUCGAAAGUCGAGUUCCACUAUCCAACGCGCCCAGAGAUGACCAUUCUUCAGGGUCUGAAUCUAAUCGUGAAGCCAGGUCAGAUGGUCGCCCUGGUGGGUCAAAGCGGAUGCGGAAAGUCCACCUGCAUCCAACUCUUGCAACGACUGUACGAUCCGCUUUCGGGAACGGUGACCAUGGACCGUCGUGAUAUCUCGUCGGUCUCCUUGCGCAAUCUCAGGUCGCAGCUGGGUGUGGUCGGUCAGGAACCGGUGCUGUUCGACAGGACGAUCGCGGAGAACAUCGCCUACGGUGACAAUUCUCGGGUCGUCACGAUGGACGAGGUCAUUGAGGCCGCCAAGAAGUCGAAUAUCCACAGCUUCGUCAGCUCUCUACCAUUAGGGUACGAUACUAGGUUAGGAUCUAAGGGAACGCAAUUGUCCGGAGGACAAAAGCAACGUAUAGCGAUAGCUCGAGCUUUGGUCAGGAAUCCUCGUGUCCUGCUGCUGGACGAAGCCACAUCUGCCCUCGACACUCAGAGUGAACAGGUGGUGCAAGCAGCCCUGGACAAAGCCAUGGAGGGUAGAACAUGUAUCACCAUAGCGCAUCGUUUGGCUACCAUAAGAAACGCUGAUGUGAUCUGCGUGCUGGAGAAGGGAACGGUCGCGGAGAUGGGUACUCACGACGACUUAAUAGCUGCGGAUGGUCUCUAUGCUCAUCUUCACGCCCUUCAGGAAGCCGCGAUGGAGUAGAAGCCGAGUUAGCGUCGAAUCGCGUCGUCACGACGCUCCUCCUCGCGAGCCGAGCUCGAACGAGCGGAAGGAUUUCGUCGAAGAGACGAUAAUCGGCCUGUAGCCGCGACAAGGAGGAUCCCAGUUGCUCGAGCGAUUACCAUGAAGAGUAGUUACAGAUUUCUUUACGAAACUCGCACCGAACGGGGGUCUCCUACAUUUUUCAGUCGAUAAAUCUCUUUAUUCUCGACCCCUGACUCAUAGACUUCACCGAUAGUUUUUUCACGGUUUUAUUUAUGCGUUAUCGUUGCAAUUUCUCCGCGACGGAAGAAGGAAAUCAAAAGAAGAGAUCAUACUUAUCUCUGCUAGCGAAAUUUCGACGAUGUUUUCGUUCGAAUAUUUACGGUUUUCUUCCGUGCCUCGGAAACCGGAAUUCUGCGGGCAGGACGCGCGCUGGAUCAUUACGCGUUCAUUCGCAAAUUUCAGUUGUAUAAAACGUGAUUACUCUAUUUUAAUAUUUUAACAACUGGCAAAGUAGAUAUAAACCUUGGUAUCUCAGUGCUUUAAUUGCUUCUUCUAAUUUUUGUUUUAAAUACUUUUGACCGAACGUGGUUUGAUUGAGUGCUUCUUCGGUGACGAAGAUAACAGAGAAGAAGCAGACUAUUAAUUUUCUACAAUUGCAAGGAGACAUAUAAAUUUAAUGGUAUUCGAUUGGCUCUUCCCGUUUCGCGCUACGUAACGAUCCAACAAACGAUAAAGCGCGCGUCGUUCCCCGUAAUGUCGCCAUAAUGGAUACCGGUCUUCUCUCCGGAACGAUGCCGUUUUUGUCUUCGUUUUACCUGGCCCUUUAUCGAAUGAUACAACGAACCAGUCGAGCGAGGAGAACGUCACGGGAAAUAACAGGAAGAUAACGAACGAAAUCGAAGAACGAGGCGGUAGAAAAGGGAAACGAUAUUCGAUGGGCUCGAUUAAACACGGCAAAAGAGAAGACGAGCAAAGGGUGACACAGAUGUUUAGCGAGAACGAGGAUACCGCGCGACGACGCAACGGUGUCUUUUUCGCCGGCGAUCUCGUCCAACGACGUUCCAUGAAAUAUUUAUGAACCUCUGUUCCCUCGGUACAAUUGCUCUGCCCGCUCUCUCCGCCGCUCCCUUGCCCCCCGAGCUCGCUCCCUUUCAUCUCGUCGAACGUCUCUCGAACUGGAUCAUCCCUUGAAAUAAUAACGAAUUCGCCUACGAAGACAAGACCGGACGUCUAACGAAUCAACGUCAAAUAUCCUUCGCGUUUCUGUGCCUUAAAAAUAAUACGACUCGCGACGGAAGAAAAAGGGGAGCGUCGAUCUUGCAGAAUCGAUCGGUCGAAAGUAUGCAACCCCAACGAUUCUCUCCGGGAAGUUGCACGUUCCGGGGGUGCAAUAUGCGAGCGCGGAGGAGCGUUUCCGGGCCUCGAAGACACAUCAUCCGGAGGCCGGAUUUCCGUGGUCGAACUUCGCGGCAACAGAUACUUUACCCCGAACUUGAGUGCCUUCAUACUUCGUAUACUUAGCGAUAAGAUCGUGUCGAGGCCCCUCGGGGUUCGUCAAUGGCCGACACCGUCGCGAAAAUGCGAGAACUUGGAAAAUUCGUUUCCUCUUCGAUUAACACGUUGACUGCCAUAAAGACUUUCUACAAUUCUAUAUUUCGAGCUUUGCAACCCUGCAUAUUGAACGGAAUAUAAAUAUUAACGCAUCAAUUAUUAAUCCACGUUAAUUCGUAAUACCGUAUUUGUGGCGCUCGCUGCAUUCAACGUGUUAAUUCGCUGCCGGUGAAUUAUUUCGUUUUGGAGAAUUUUAUUUUUGCAUUUUCUGUCACGCCGUCGACGCACAGUACUUAACCGCCUCGAGAUACGGCCUCGAUCGUGCCUUAUCGAUGCGUAACAGUGCUUUAUAUACCGCAACGACAAUACGAAACGUAGUUCUUCUAAGCCGUAGUAUCUUCGAGCCAGGAACAAGCGUUUGCGACUUAACAAUGGUUGUUCAAACCAAUGACGCGAAGAUUUCGUUUGUAACGACUUCCUUCUCGUCCUUCGUGUACUUACCAACUCCGUACGCGUUCUACCACGUUGAUUUCCAUGGGGUUAUGCCUUAAAUCUAAGCCCUCUGACACGAUGCUUCACACGGCCUAUAGUUUACUUAAACAUUUUAAAAUAUCUUUCACGAUACAAAUUUUGAGUCUCUAAGAGUCGAUAAAAAAAUAACGUGUCAUCUCGCAGUGGCAGUCAACGUGUUAAUAACGAAACGAGUACAAUCAACCAGCGAAUUGCAAUCCAACGCAAACAUUUCGUGUCAUUAUUUACUUAAAUUCUUUAAAAAACUCGCGUUCUUUCUCUCGAGGAAUCGGGUAUCGAACGAUGAUCGGAUUUAAAAUUUAUAGUGAAAGUAGUUCAAAUGGAACGAGAGAAAGAGAUCGUAGUUUGUAAAGAUUUUGAGAUUGUUACUUAAAAGACUAAGGCUGCGGCCAGCGUAACUUAAAGGCAGGAAGAUGUUAAUACCGCGAACGAGCGAUCGCUUGGUUCGAAACAAUUUAGUGUGACUUAAAAAAAAGCUAAAAAAAGGUGCGAGAAAACCAGCAGCGUGUUUCGUUAAUUCUCUUUUAUGUAUCUUUUUUUCUUCUUUAUUUUUCUUUUUCAUAUAUCGAGAGCGUGUCAAGUUGUAAUUACUACAGCGAUACUAGACAGUAUGACGACAAAGAGGAAGUAUUAAUAAUU